CGGGGGUUUUUUUUUUCCCAUCUUAGUCAAUCCUACAAUCCGAACUCUCCCUUUUUCAUCCGGUCUCUAUCGUCGUUUAUCAUGCGGUGAUUCGUAGGUGUUUAGAAUUACGCAAUAUGUGAAUCAGACAUUACUCCAUCCAGAAGUGAGUAAAAGAUAAGAUAGAAUAGAAGAAUAGAAACACGGCUGCUACGCGGUAGAGAGAAUACACGUAAAUAUGGCACACCUGGCCGGGAUAGAAGAUUGAAAAUUUUUCAACGAUGUUUACAACGCGUCAACAGUCUUCUGGGUAACCGAUCCGAGAUAAAAUCGUCGCAAUAGCUGCUCACCGUCGAGCAGAAGUCUUGCCAGCAUGAAGAAGCCUGACAAUAAUUCAAACCACGAUAGAAACGGUCCGGAGCAUGUCAACCUGCUGAGAGUUCCUUCCUCGUCGCCUCAGACGCCGACGGCUCCGAACCGAGGGCUCGAAGAUGUCUUCAGAGAAAUGCCGAUCACCGAGGACACCGCGUGUGGAAUUUGGUGUUUCCGCGGUCCGAAUUUACAGAGAUUCGCGAACAAGAAGGCCUACGUUUUCCUCUACGGUGUCCUCGGCUGCAUAUUCUCCGCAAGCUUUGCUUACUUCAACGGGACCAUUACCACAAUCGAGAAGAGGUUCAAGAUACCCUCGAAAACUACCGGAUUGAUUAGCGUGGGCAAUGACAUUUCCCAACUAUUUGUAUCCGUCGUACUGUCUUAUUACGCCGGUCGAGGUCACAGGCCCAGAUGGAUCGCCUUGGGCAUUUACACGGUCGUUGUUUUCUGCUGCCUAACGAUGCUGCCCCACUUCAUGUACGGUCCGGGUGAGGACGCACUGGCCUUGACUAAGGAACAUGGACCGCUGGAGUCCAAGAACUCUACGGUCUUCAUGGACAAGCAGCGGAAGAACCUCUGCCUCGGCAAAGAGGGACGGGGUGCCGAGUGCGAUGAGGCGGAGGGGAAUUUCGCGCCCCAGGUGCUGCUGUUCAUAGCCCAGCUGAUAUCCGGGGUGGGCGGAUCCCUCCACUACACUCUGGGCGUCUCCUACAUGGACGACAACAUAAAGAAGUCGAAGACCCCGGCGCUGAUCAGCUUCUCCUACUUCCUCCGGAUGCUGGGCCCCGCCAUCGGCUACGGCCUCGCCUCCUUCGCCCUCAAGUUCUACAUCAGCCCAACCCUGACCCCAACCAUCACGACCCAGGACCCAAGGUGGCUGGGUGCCUGGUGGUUGGGCUGGAUAAUCCUGGCCAUCCUGCUCUUCAUAUUCGCGAGCAUAAUCGCCCUCUUUCCGAAGACGCUGCCGCGGGCCGCGGCUCGGAAGGCUUUGGCCCUGGAGAAGAGCAAAUCGGCGGCAAGUUUUCCGAACGAGCAGGAAACCGAGCUGCCCACCUCGAUUUCCGACAUGAUGAAGACGUUCAAACGUCUUCUGACCAACACCACUCUCAUGUGCAACAACCUCGCCGCGGUAUUCUACUUCUUUGGUUACCUACCAUACUGGAUCUUUAUGCCCAAGUACAUAGAGAUGCAGUACAAGCAGUCCGCCUCCAUCGCCUCCCUCAUCACCGGCACCGUUGGCCUUGUAUUCAGUGCCUUUGGCAUUCUCCUCUCAGGGCUCGUCAUCUCCAAGUACAAGCCCACAGCACGCUACCUCGCCGCCUGGAAUGUCAUCGUCGGCGCCGUUUCCGUCAUGGGCAUGGUAUCCUACGCCUUCCUCGGCUGCUCCGCCAACGACAGUCAGGUCUUCGUUCUUCCCAAUGGCGAACUCCGUACCGAAUUACCGUGCAACGAACACUGCGCCUGUGAUUAUGUCACCUAUAAUCCAGUUUGCUCGGAGGACGGCCACACCUUCAUUUCCGCCUGCCAUGCUGGAUGCAAAAACCUCCAGGUCGCUGAAAAUGGAAGUAAAAUAUUUACCCAGUGCAGCUGCGUCAAACCAAAGGCGUCGCAGGCUUUUUCACUCACCCUUCCCUCCAACGUGACGGUCUUCACGGACAUUGAACUUUUGGAAACAACGACAAAAAUUGCGGACAUGCCGAUUUUGGGCACCGCCCUUCCCGGCGCCUGUCCAGUCGACUGUAUGGACAAGUUUUACGUCUUUCUCGCUGUUGUUUGUCUUCUCAAGUUCAGCGGUGCCACCGGAAGAGCCUCGAACUUUCUUGUUUCCGUGAGGUGCGUCGAUGAAAAGGACAAGACCGUCGCUAUGGGAUUUGGUUUGACAAUAAUGAGUCUUUUCGCAUUCAUACCAUCGCCUAUUCUGUUUGGAUUCAUUAUGGACAGUACUUGUUUGGUUUGGGGUAAAACUUGUACCGGAACAGGAAAUUGUUGGCUCUACAACGGAGAGGCCCUGAGAUAUUUGUUGAACUUUACCGCCGCAAGCUUUGUCACAAUUGGUACAAUAUUCGACGUGGGCGUUUGGUACUUUGUCAAGGACGUAAAGAUCUUCGACGAGGAGAUCGAGCUGGAGGACAUCGCUGAAGACACCGCUGACACUUGUGAACCAAGAGGGAAAUAGUGGAGUGAACACCCUCGAGAAUAAUAAAAACGAAUUCAUCGUCAGAAACAAGACUUCCCAAAGUACCUUAAGCAUCUCCUUAGAUAUUUAUAAUUAAAUUAUACAGUAUAGGUACGACCAUUUCAGCGGUACAAGUACCGGAAGCAUAUUUUUCUACGUGUAUACCUAUCGACGUCAUUAUACUAUUCUAUAACAAGUUAUAUGUAAUUUAUAGCACUUGCGUGAAUAACAGAAAUCGUGUCAAUCCCAGAUAUUCCAAGGUGAAUAAUUCUUGCAAGACGGGAAUGUAAGACCUGGAGAUUGCAAUAAAAAUCUAAACAAAAAUCUAAA